GAUGUUCCGCGGAGGGUCCCGGUGCUAGCUACACCCCCUCUACCGGCUUUUGAAGGUAGGUUGUUUCCAUCAGCAUCAUUGGGUUUGCCUUACUCUGUUCGGGAGCCCUCAACUUCUGGACUUACAAGAGAUAGUAACCUGAUUUUAUCACAAGUCAGUACAUUUUUUGAGUCACUGGACUUUUUAUGUG